AUGCCCCCUCUGACCAUAUUCCUUACGACUUGGAACACUGGCUUACAAGGCUCAAAAGCUCAGCCGCAAGAUCUCACCUCUUGGCUUCUGCCGAUUCUCCAUCAGACUGCCAACGACCCAUCGGCUUCUCGCGUCGUCCCCGAUCUCUACGUGAUCGGUGUGCAAGAACUUUUGCCUCUCGAGCUAGCCCUUGGAGGUUUCACCCACUCUGCUCUUCGAGCAUUGACAGAUCGUAUUCAACAUAUCCUCACGUCACACGCCAAGACUUUGUCCGACGAUGAGGCUGAAGAAUAUUUCCUUGUGGAACGCGUUUCUCAUGUCGGGGUGGCUAUGUGGGUUUUUGCCAGGGAAUCCACCCUUUCUGGAAAACUCGGUAAAUCCCUCAAGGCUACGCUGGGAUUAUGGUGGGGCGGUAUGGGGAAUAAAGGUGCUGUAGGAAUCCGUCUACCUGUUCGAAGAGGUGAUGAGGGGAGUUGGGAAACAAUGACAUUUGUCUGUGCACAUCUAGAAGCGCACGACCACAAUAUCUCGAGAAGGAAUCAACAAUAUCAGAACAUCUUGUCUUGUCUCAUCUUUCGUCCUUCUGAUCGGUUAGAGGUACCGAAACAAAUCCAUCAAACGUCCCAUCUAUUUGUCCUGGGAGAUCUUAAUUAUCGAUUAGAGAGAAUACCCUCCACCGGCUGGCCCAGAGAAGGAGAAGAUGAUGAGGAUGCAUUGGAGUUGGAGAAGGAGAGGGCGGCCAUGAUUCAGCUGGACACGUUACGAAAGGAACAAAAAGCAGGAAGAGUAUUUGGCGGACUGAGAGAACCUGACUUGAGCGGAUUUGCACCUACUUACAAACGUGUUGUCGGUAAAGUGGAAGGAUAUAGCAAUAAACGAAUCCCAGGAUGGACCGAUAGAAUUCUAUUCGCUUCCCAUACCGACCCCCUCAGCCUCUACUCUUCUCAGUAUACAGUGGAAUCCACACCUGUUCCGGAAUACACAACUCAAAUCGCGCAUUUCAACGCUACCUCCUCACUCACUCUUUCCGACCAUAAACCCGUCCAUGCGAUCCUUAUCCUGCCUCAUGCCUCUCACUCCGCUCCCGCUCCCCACCUCGCACCAGAACUACCCGAAACACCUCCACCUCAUCCUCCACGCCCCGCUCCCACACCUCAUCUGGUUGUCUUGAUAUGGAAAGCCCUAGGGACCACGCUGGACAGGGCGAUCGGUUGGCCCUGGUUUGUAUUGAGUCUCGGUACGGGGAGUCUACCGAUGGGAGGAGCGGGCUUGUUCACUUUGGUCGCGAUGGUCUGGGGCGUGUAUAGUUAUUCUGGUCAAUGAAUCUUCGUCAUGCUUGU